AUGCAGCAUCAGAAUGUGGUGGCUUAUGCCUCACGACAAUUGAGACCUCACGAAGUUAAUUACCCGACGCACGACCUGGAACUUGCUGCGGUUGUGUUUGCGCUAAAGGCUCAUCAAAACGAUGACGUGUUACCGAAGGUGUUGCCAGCUAUUGAGCAAGGAAAACAGUGGAGAGUGUCAGAGGAUCAAGAUGGGCUAUGGAGAUUCAAGGGUAGGAUCAUUAUGCCGGAUGUUGGGACUUUGCGGCGAGAUAUAUUAAAAGCGCACAAAAGUGGAUUUUCUAUUCACCCUGGGAGUACUAAGAUGUACAAUGAUCUAAAGGCUAUGUUCUGGUGGCCUGGUAUGAAGAAUGAUGUGGUGGAAUACGUCUCAAAGUGCUUAACUUGUCAAAAGGUGAAGAUUCAACAUCAGAGACCUUCCAGGACAUUGCAAUCUUUGGAGAUUCCGCAAUGGAAGUGGGAGAGCAUUGCGAUGGAUUUUGUAUCGGGAUUACCAAGAACUAGAGCCGGUUUUGACGCUGUCUGGUAUGAAGCUGGGGAGAAAAGUCUGUUAGGGCCUGAGAUGAUAGCUGAAACCACUGAACAAGUUAAGAAAAUCAGAGAUAGGAUGCUCACUGCUCAGAGCCAUCAAAAGAGUUACGCCGAUCAGAGGCGGAAGUUCUUAGAGUUCGAGGAAGAAGACCAUGCUUUCCUUAAGGUUACUCCAGCGAUAGGAGUAGGUAGAGUGAUUAAGACAAAGAAGCUGAAUCCUCGAUACAUCGGUCCGUUCCAGAUUCUCGAGAGAGUUGGACCGUUGGCGUAUCGGAUGGCUCUACCGCUUCACCUUUCAAACCUGUACGAUUUAAAGGAAGAUUUGGCUCUGCCGGUGACUCCGGUUAGGAUUGACGACACGAGUAUUAAGAAGUUGCGUGAAAAAGAGGUUUCAUUAGUGAAAGUGGCAUGGAGUCGAGCCGGUGUUGAGGAGCACACUUGGGAACACGAGUCGGAAAUGCGAACAGACUACCCACACCUAUUCUCAGGUAACUGA